ACAGAGUGUUUAGGCGAGACGAGUGAAGCUCGUGGAAAAAGGGAUGAGAGGUGCGACGCUCGAUGUAGCGGACUAUCACUUUUAAACACCGGGAGGCUCGAAAAGUUUUCAGGCGACUGAGGAGCGUGUAGCUUUAGGAAUUUCAGCCUUUGGGAAGACGACAACAGCUUAUAGUUAACAAACAAUGCUUGUUUAAAUAUUCCUUUACUAAUAACAUGAAAAGAAGCCGACGAGUAGUGCGCUAGGCAAAUGUAAACAAAUUCAUGGAGAUAUGUUAUACCUCCGUUUUGGUAUUGUCGAAUUGAUUUGUGUAUUCGUGGGAUAGUCAAUAGUUAGCUUUACAUUUUGGCAUUUCUAUAUUACUAACGCGUUAACAUGGCAGAGCACGAAAGUUUGGAGUUCGGAAAGGCGGACUUUGUUCUUCUGGACAAUGUGUCUUUGGAAGAGUUUAUGGCCAACCUCAAACUCAGGUUUGAAAAGGGUCGUAUCUACACCUACAUCGGAGAAGUGGUAGUGUCAGUUAACCCUUACCGUGCCAUGAACAUUUACGGACGGGACACCAUAGAGCAAUACAAAGGCAGAGAAUUGUACGAGCGACCACCACAUCUUUUCGCCAUCGCCGAUGCUGCAUAUAAAGCCAUGAAGAGGAGGAACAAAGACACUUGCAUUGUUAUCUCAGGGGAGAGCGGAGCUGGAAAAACGGAGGCUAGUAAAUAUAUUAUGCAAUAUAUUGCUGCUAUCACCAAUCCCAGCCAAAGAGCAGAAGUGGAGAGGGUAAAAAACAUGCUGCUGAAGUCCAACUGCGUCCUGGAGGCUUUUGGGAAUGCCAAGACCAACCGCAAUGAUAACUCCAGUCGGUUCGGCAAGUACAUGGAUAUCAACUUUGAUUUUAAGGGAGACCCCAUUGGCGGCCAUAUCAACAACUACCUGCUUGAGAAGUCUCGAGUCAUUUUUCAGCAGGAAGGAGAAAGGAGUUUCCACUCUUUCUACCAGCUGGUGAAAGGAGCUCCAGAUGCUCAGCUGCGGUCCCUGCACAUUCAGAGAGACCCCACAGCAUACACCUACAUCAAAGUUGGAGGCCAGAUAAAGUCGUCUAUAAAUGACAGUGCUGAUUUGAAAGCUGUCACUGAUGCCAUGAAGGUCAUUGGAUUCACUACAGAGGAGAUUCAGACAGUCUACAAGAUCCUGGCUACCAUCUUGCAUCUGGGGAAUCUGAAGUUUGGAAGUGAUGGAGAUGUGACUCUCAUUGAGAACUCUAAGCUGGUGUCCAUUCUGGGGGAUUUGCUGUCCACCAAAGACGAAAAUGUAGAAAAGGCUCUGCUCUAUCGCACUGUGGCCACCGGCCGCGAUGUCAUUGACAAACAGCACACUCAUCAAGAGGCCAGUUAUGGCCGUGAUGCUUUGGCCAAGGCCAUUUAUGAGCGGCUGUUCUGUUGGAUUGUGGGAAGAAUCAAUGACAUCAUCGAGGUGAAAAACUAUGAUGUCAGGGUUCAUGGGAAGAACACAGUCAUUGGAGUCCUGGACAUCUAUGGGUUUGAGAUCUUUCAGAAUAACAGCUUUGAGCAAUUCUGUAUAAACUACUGUAAUGAGAAACUACAGCAGCUCUUCAUUCAACUGGUGUUGAAACAAGAGCAAGAAGAGUAUCAAAGAGAGGGCAUCCCCUGGAAACAUAUUGACUACUUCAACAAUCAGAUCAUCGUGGAUCUGGUGGAACAGCAGCAUAAGGGAAUUUUUGCAGUCCUGGAUGAGGCAUGCAUGAAUGUGGGGAAGGUGACGGAUGAGAUGUUCCUGCAGGCUCUCAAUGGAAAACUGGCAAAACAUGCCCACUACACCAGCCGCAAGCUUUCCCCCACGGACAAAAACCUGGAGUUUGACCGAGACUUCCGCAUCCGCCAUUAUGCUGGAGAUGUGGCUUAUUCUGUUGUAGGCUUUAUUGACAAGAACAAGGACACCUUGUUUCAGGACUUCAAGAGGUUACUUUACAACAGCUCAAACCCUGUGCUGAAAGCCAUGUGGCCAGAGGGCAAGCUGAGCAUCACAGAGGUCACCAAACGACCCCUGACUGCUGCCACGCUCUUCAAAAACUCCAUGAUCUCUCUGGUGGAGAACUUGGCCAGCAAGGAGCCGUACUACGUGCGUUGUAUAAAGCCGAAUGAAGUUAAGUCACCGCUACUGUUUGAGCAUGAGCGCUGCAAGCACCAAGUGGAGUACCUGGGCCUCCUGGAGAACGUCCGGGUGCGACGAGCUGGUUUUGCUAACCGACAAAUCUACCCACGGUUCCUUCAGAGGUAUAAGAUGAUCUCCGAGUUCACCUGGCCCAACCAUGACCUGCCGUCUGAUAAGGAGGCGGUGAAACGUCUGUUGCAGGGUUGUGGGUUCGAACACGACGUGGCCUACGGCAAGACCAAAGUGUUUAUUCGCACCCCUCGAACCAUCUUCAGCCUGGAGGAGCAGAGGGCAGAGAUGGUGAAGAGGAUCGUCCUCUUUCUGCAGAAGGUGUGGCGUGGGACACUGGCCAGAAUGCAUUACCGCCGCAUGCGUGCUGCCCUCAUCAUCAUCCGGGCAUACAGAAGAUACAAGGUUAAGUCAUACAUCCGUGAGGUCAACCGGCGCUUCAGAAAUGUCCGUGGCAUGAAGGAUCACGGCAAACAUGUGAAGUGGCCCACACCGCCCAAGGUCUUGCGCAAGUUUGAGGAGGCACUGAGGAACAUCUAUAACAGAUGGUGGGCCUGGACGCUCAUUAAAGACCUGUCCCCAGAGCAAUUGGUGCAGAUCAGGGCUAAAGUGGCCACAUUAGAGUGUCUGAAGGGGCAGAGAGCAGAUCUAGGACUGCAGAGAGCCUGGGAGGGCAACUACCUGAAAAAGGACAGUCCUGGGACAGCGUCUUCCUUUACUCUUAUUUCCAGUGACCUGCAGAGGAAAGAUAAGUUCAUGAGAGUCCUCUUCUCCUGCAAUGUCCGCAAAAUCAAUCGCUUCAAUAAAGCAGAGGACCGAGCAUUGCUCAUUACUGAUCGCCACCUCUACAAAAUGGACCCUGUCAAGCAGUACAAGCCCAUGAAGAGCAUCCCACUCUAUAAUGUGACCGGAGUGAGCAUUUCCCCUGGGAAAGACCAGCUGGUUGUCUUCCACACCAAAGACAACCGGGACCUAAUCGUGUGCCUGCAAGGGAUGGUGCCAGCGGGGGACAGCCGCAUCGGAGAGCUGGUUGGGACCCUGCUCAGCCACUUCAAAAGUGAGAAGAGGAAGCUACAGGUGAACAUUGUCAGCCCCAUUCACUGCAGUAUGAAUGGAAGGAAGUGCACUGUCGUUGUGGAAACCAAGAUCAACCAAUCACAGCCAGACUUCACCAAGAGCCGAUCGGGAUACAUUCUCUCAGUGCCAGGCAACUAAAGGACCAGGGAUCCCAAAACGACCCCUUUAAAAGGACAUUGACAGCAGAAUAUCGGUUUUGUUCUAGUCCAAACUUUUGAGUUGAACCACAGAAAUGAAGCCAUACCAAAUUUGCCUGAAGACAGGCAAGGAAGAAUAUUUAAUUUAGAAAAAUUUUUUUUUUAUUAAUUUGUCCCUAAAUUCCAAACUUCAGUUUAGAUUAUGUUCAAGAUGACAAGAAGGUAGCGAUAUAUACCCUCAAAGAAGAUUUACCAAACUCGGCGCUGUUUAUUUAUUAAACAUUACAACCAAAUGAAGGGCAAUCAUAAAUGUAAUAUUUAUGAGGAACAGGAUGCGCAAGAUGUAAAAGUAUCUAACUUGUGUUUUGAGGUUUUUCCUUCAAAGGGAAUUUGUUGGUUUUUGAUCAGUGCUUCAUAUGGGAUGACGAAUAGCUCUGCUUGUGUCCCGACAUAUUGCACAGAUCAUAAGCAGUCCUGCGGUUGCUGCUGAAUUUGAUCAGAUGCUCUUGAGCAGGAUGUGUUGAUCAUAUCCUUAAACUCAUUAACUGCUCAGAGAGGUGCGUUAAACUCUCUCGUAAUUUAAACCAUUCUCUUUUUCUGCAUAUAGCUGGUCAUUUAUAGCACAUAUUGUAUACAGAAACUGUCAUAAUGGAUAUAGCUUAUAUAAUGUACUGUAUGCACUAUAUGUAUAAUGUAGGUAGGACAAGAGCUGUCAUUUAUUCACAUAUUUCCUGAUCUUGAGGUAGAAUCAGAUGGGGCGGCACAGAGCAGGAGGUGAUGGUGGUGACAUGUUAUCUUCUAUUUCCAUUUUUAAAAUAAUAGACCCUGCCGCCAAUAGUGGUCCCUUUAGUCCUUCACUCACUAUCACUGGCCUAUAGCCAAAAAUAAUUUCAACCACUUCUGUGAUGAUAAAGCCAUUAAAAAGAAGCUCUCUCAUGUUUACAAAGAACCGUGUUCAAAGUUGUCGCCAUUUUACAUGAGCCAAACAUGCAUUUGUUCCAUUAGGGUCCGUUUUUACUUCUGUCAGCUAGUUCUAUCUAGUCAUAUUUAAAUAUUUUGUCAAUAUUAACACUGCAAACAGCAAGUGUUUAUAUUACAAACUUUGCGCAUGUAUGUGUAAAUGUGUUCAAAUAAGAGAGAAAAAGAGCGGUAUUGAUUCAUAGAACAAAAUCAACAGUUCUGAGUGGAAACUCCCAAGAUGUCUGACCUAGUUUGAAGCUUUCGUAACUCAUAAAGAAAGUGCCAAGCUGAAAACUUACUGCUGUUCUUCAUUCCUAAGGUGUUUGCAUAAAUCUGUUUUCCCAUAAUUGUUUCAUUGUUUUGUUCAUGGUUGUUUUGUUCACUAUAAGCUCCCAUCACUGCGUGUGAUUAAAAUGGGGGAAAGUGCAUUCGAUAGUGAGCUGUGGGCCAUGACUACUGAUCCGUCCAAGUCAAGACAGUCAGACUAUCACUUUCAGCAAGUGAUCGGUGAUGCAGUUCAGUCAGUGUGUUUUUAAAGAGCCUCAAGCUACAUGUGAACGCUGAUCAGAUAAUCUCCAAUUUGCUUCACUGACCAUGUCUGCUUCAAAUAGGUGCACACUCUCUCAUCUUCUUCCUCAGUCCCUGUACUCACUCUUGACUAUUAGCCUGGAUUGGUAAAGUGUGUCAGUAAAAGAAUGCACAAAGUACACAUGGUACUUACGGAAGAAGAUAAAGUCAGACGCUCUAAUCCAGUUUCUUCUCAACAAUUCUUAAAAGCAAGGAAGUGCAAUAAAUGGACUUAUAGCAUUUUCUAAAGAUCUAUUUUCUUGAAUCAAACACUGAUUGUCAGUUAGACUUUUUCUGGCCCUCAGUAGAAAAAUACUGACAGUGUGUGAAUGCGCUUUUACCUUGAUAAAAGGAGUUAUGUUAUUGUUCAGUUGCAUAAAAUCCAACCCAUUUUGUGGAGUGUUCUGGCAGAGAUAGUCAUACGAUAUAUGAUCCGUAUAUAAUAUAAAAUAAUUUAUUUCUCUCUUGUCUUGAACCCCAGUGAUUCCGUUUAAGUGCCGAAUAAUUCCAGUUCCCAGGUAAAUGUCUGUGAUGUUCUUUGUUGUAAUUAUACCUGUUCAUCUUGGUUAAUAUUAGAGAUUUAGUCUCAUCCGAUCAAACGAUGUGCCUACUUUUAUACUUCUAUUAUUUAAUUAAUGUAUUUUAAAAUUGUUUUACAUUUUUAAAAGAUGUUACACAUGCUUGGACCAAAUCAAAAAGGGAAUCCAGUUUAUAGUGUUUUUCUUUAAGAAGAGCUUUUUUCAUGUGUAUGUUAAUGCAAUAACCUGCAUUUGUGCAUUUAGUAAUGAAAAUUAUUAUAUGGAAACAAACUACACUUUUAAAUCAUUAUAUUGCAUAGACGCCUUUUACUGAUUUGUUUUGUUUUAAUAAUCAAAUAAAUGCUAUACCAAAUAUCUGCUCCUGAAAAUAAACAUGCCCUUGAAGUGUCUGCUCCAAGGCUUUUGCUCCAUCA